GAUUACAGAAUGUGCCGGAAAGCACUGAGCGCCCCAUGACAGUUGGAUCGGAAAUUUCAUCUUACUGGCCAUUCAGCAGAUGUGUUAUAAUGUCCCCUUCCUCAUCUCUUAUCAGAAUCUCAAUUCAUAUCCCUUAUGCACGUUUUCGCUGUCACGUUUGAUUAUUUGAUUCUCCGCUCGGACACUUGAGGGAAUUCCAACAAUUGUUGCAGACAAAAGAUGUAUCCAUAUGCAUUUCUCGCAGUUAUAACUGCACCUUUAGUCUUAGCAGCGCCAGCCCCAGUUCCAGCACCUUUCCCAAAACCACAGCUAACAGGAGAUCCCGUAACAGGUCUUCUGUCAGGCGUCGGGAAUGCAGUGCUUGAUAUUGGUAGUUUGUCCUCGGCUAUUCCCGCAGUUUUAUCUGAUAUUGGGCAAGUAUCGACCGCUGCGAAUCUGGUAGUAGCGGCAAUUGCGAAUGGAACUAUUUUAGGCACUGAUGUACCAGUGAUUGCUAAGAAAUUAUUUUCGGCCGCUCAACCUACAGCCAAACCAAGUAGUGUUUCUCAAGCAAUAAGUUGGGCAGCUGGUGCUUGGGGGGUAUCUGAUCCCUCUGCUUCCCCAACUCCGCCAGCAAAUAUUGUCACAAAUGCUUUGGGACUUGUUCUUAAUGGUUUCACUUCCAAUGAUCUACAAGCUGUCGCAUCUGGUGCUAGCCCAUUUGCCAAUUCUGUCAAUAAUGUAAAUAAUCCAGUGCCUCCCAACAAGAGAUUCUACAACAACGUAAAUCGAAAUGCACGAUUCUCUGUUGAUGAAACAACUCUUCGGGCUGCAAUUUACAUUCCUCCUGGAUUUACCUGGGGCAAGAAGCAACCCGUUAUCAUGUCACCUGGUACGGGAGCAUUUGGCUAUGGCACCUUUGCUUCUAACAUAGGCAAACUUCUCGCUACAACCAACUAUGCCGACCCGGUCUAUCUGAACAUACCAUUCGCUUUACUUGAUGACGCGCAGACCAAUGCAGAAUAUGUAGCUUACGCGCUUCAAUACUUCUAUGCCAUGACUUCGCGAAAAACUGCUAUUGUCACAUGGUCUCAAGGAUCUCUCAAUGCUCAAUGGGCCUUUAAAUAUUGGCCAUCAAUCCCAAAAACUGUUACAGACCACAUCGCCAUCUCUCCUGAUUACCAUGGCACAGUAUUAUCAUACAUUCUCUGUCCCGGAUUCGAGAGCGGAAACGACGUUGCGUGUACCCCUUCCAUCCUCCAACAACAAUACCAAUCCAAUUUUGUCAAUCGACUUCGCUCCAACAACGGCGAUUCGGCCUACGUCCCCACCACUACCGUCUAUUCUCUCACUGACGAAAUCGUCCAACCACAAAUCGGAACUGCCGCCUCGGGUUUCCUGAAUGAUGCUCGUGGCGUCGGCGCCUCUAAUACCUUUCUUCAAGGAGCAUGCUUGGGACUUCCGGCUGGAACGCUGUAUACCCACGCAGGUGUAUUAUUUAAUCCGGUCGCUUAUGCAUUGGUAACAGAUGCGCUGCAAAAUGACGGGCCGGGAUCGUUUGAUCGGGUUAGCGAUCAGUGUGGUAAUCUUGUUGCGCCGGGAAUCAGCUUGGCAGAUGUUAUUGAGACUGAAGCAUUGAUUCCUCUGGCGGCGCUGAAUGUUCUUGCGUAUGAGAAAAAGAUUACUAAUGAGCCUGCUUUGAUGAGUUAUGCUACUUAUUAAUGAGUGAUGGCUCGAGAGAGGGUUUCUCGAAAGAUGAACAUGAAUUAUGAUUGUUAUUUUCUGAGCGAGUAUGUUAUUUGUAUACAUUGAAAUACAUUGGAUGUAUGAUUAGCUGGUAAAUGAUUUGGGAGGUUCACUUUUUUUUGCAUAUACCAUGGAGUACUUUGGGCAUUUUAGUAAGCGAAAGGAACUGACCGGUAAUGGAAAAAGCAGGGGUAGGACAUACGUAUUAUCUUGUAAUCGUAAUUCA